CUUCGAGCACUCUUGAUCUCAUUCUGGCUUAACAUCUUGUGUCGCAGCUUAGAUUUGUAAGAGUUGUAUUGCGCGCCUGUCGUUUCUCUUGAGUCGGGACUUGUUUGUCCUUGUCGAGGUUGUUCGACGUUUUGUUCUUUGUAGUUAUGGCGCGCACCAAGCAAACAGCUCGCAAGUCGACGGGAGGCAAGGCUCCCCGGAAGCAGUUGGCAACGAAGGCUGCUCGUAAGUCGGCUCCUGCCACGGGCGGUGUGAAGAAGCCCCACCGCUACAGGCCCGGGACUGUAGCUCUUCGUGAGAUCAGGAAGUACCAGAAGUCGACCGAGCUUUUGAUCAGGAAGUUACCAUUCCAGCGUUUGGUUCGUGAGAUAGCCCAGGAUUUCAAGACGGACUUGAGGUUUCAGAGCUCCGCAGUGUUGGCAUUGCAGGAGGCUUCUGAGGCGUAUUUGGUUGGGCUGUUCGAGGACACCAACUUGUGCGCAAUCCAUGCGAAGCGGGUGACGAUUAUGCCCAAGGAUAUUCAGCUGGCCCGCCGUAUCAGAGGGGAGCGGGCGUAAACUCUGCUAUCAUUACAGGGGUGUUUAAUAACACCACCCACUUCUGAAAUUUACCUUGCACUCUUGAAUAUGCUGUGUGCUUCGAUAGUUUGACUUUUUCUGUAUUUCUAACCUCGUAGUACAUCGUCUUCGUAAAGACAGGUGGUACCAUGCUUGAUUGAGUGUGCGUACGUGACUCUUGUGGAUGGCCUGUGAAGGGGGUUCAUCUGUAGCUGUACUUUGCUUCAAGUAUGUUACAUCCUCUGUGGACAGUGAAUUAUUCUUUAAAAACUUGCUUCAAGAAUACGUAUUCUCACAGUCCAUUCCAACCCCCAUAAUGACCAUACGCUCGUCACGAGAUGUUUUCUGAGAUAGCACGAAGAAUGGAUCUCGAAUGUGAACGUGGUGAUCGGUUGGAGUUUGUUCGUCCUAUGCUACUCCAACCUUGGGAGACUUGGAAGGCAUCUCUGCUACCUGGACAUCAUGCUCUUCUAGUUCUUUACCAAAGCGACCUUACCUGUGAUAAUCUGAAGUUCACCAUGCGAGAAGAGAAGAAAAGAGACAUUCGAUAAUUUUAACUUGGGUGAUGACCAAGUUAAAAAUGUUAGAAUCUCUUUGGCCAAAGUCCCGCGGGAUCGGUUGAGACGGUACAGGUGCUAGGAAGUUGUACGAGGCACAACUUUUUGGGAGGUUCUGAUCACAACUAAGGCCAUUCUUGAAGGGGACGAGCCUGAAAGGUUUAUAGCUUAGCAGAUGAGAAGCACUGCCCCGUGGGCGCUGCAUAUGUCGGGUUGGGAACUGCCUCAUCUAUUGUAAGUUAGAAAUAAAUUAGAGAACCGUUUAUCUACAAAUGUUACAAAAAUUAUAAUGUGUUGUAUUGCAAUCAAAACUCAAUUUCUUGUAGCAAAUUUAUGACCUAAAUAUAUUAGCUUUUUUUAUCAUA